AUGCUAUCAGCUCGCCUAAUACCCAGGACGGCCGCGAAGUCGGCUUUCCGAGCUUCCAGUCUCCCAUCCAUCGCAUCAAGGGGACGCCGCUCCUUUGCUUCCUCUGCCGAGGAGAAGGACCUAGUCAUUAUCGGAGGAGGUGUUGCUGGUUAUGUAGCCGCAAUCAAGGCCGGCCAAGAGGGUCUGAAGGUCGCAUGUAUCGAGAAGCGUGGCACUCUUGGUGGCACCUGCUUGAACGUCGGCUGCAUUCCUUCCAAGUCCCUGCUCAACAACUCUCAUCUCUACCAUCAGAUUCAGCACGACACGAAAAACCGAGGUAUCGAGGUCGGCGACGUGAAGCUGAACCUGGCUCAGUUGAUGAAGGCGAAAGACCAGUCCGUAUCGAGUCUCACGAAAGGUAUCGAAUUCCUGUUCAAGAAGAAUGGCGUUGAAUACAUCAAGGGAACUGGUUCCUUCGUCAACGAGCACGAGAUCAAGGUCGCCCUCAACGACGGAGGCGAGACUAGCGUCAAGGGCAAGAAUAUUCUCAUUGCCACUGGUAGCGAGGCCACCCCGUUCCCCGGCCUCCAGAUCGAUGAGAAGAGGGUGAUUACUAGCACCGGCGCGCUCUCCAUGGAGAAGGUCCCUGAGUCCAUGGUCGUUGUUGGUGGUGGCAUUAUCGGCCUCGAGAUGGGCUCCGUCUGGUCUAGGCUUGGCGCUAAGGUCACCGUUGUCGAGUUCCUUGGCCAGAUCGGAGGACCUGGAAUGGACACCGAAGUCUCCAAGGCAGCGCAGAAGAUCCUGAAGAAGCAGGGUAUCGAGUUCAAGUUGAACACCAAGGUCGUGAGCGGAGACGCUAGCGGUGAGAAGGUUAAGCUCGAGGUGGACUCCGCCAAGGGAGGCAAGCCCGAAAGCCUUGAGGCCGAGGUUGUCUUGGUGGCCAUCGGCCGCCGGCCUUACACCGAAGGUCUCGGUCUCGAGAACAUCGGCAUGGAACUGGAUGAGCGCGGCCGUGUUAUCAUUGACUCCGAGUACCGCACUAAGCUCCCCCACAUUCGAUGCAUUGGUGAUGUGACCUUCGGACCCAUGCUUGCGCACAAGGCUGAGGAGGAGGCCGUUGCCGCGGUGGAGUACAUCAAGAAGGGCUUCGGUCACGUCAACUACGGCUGCAUCCCCUCUGUCAUGUAUACCCACCCCGAGGUUGCGUGGGUCGGCCAGAACGAGCAGGAGCUCAAGGCCCAGAACAUCCCCUACAAGGUUGGCACCUUCCCCUUCAGUGCCAACUCCAGGGCGAAGACGAACAUCGACAGUGAUGGUUUCGUCAAGUUGCUGGCCGACCCCGAGACUGACCGUCUCCUCGGCGUUCACAUCAUUGGACCUGGCGCCGGAGAGAUGAUUGCGGAAGGAACCCUUGCGCUAGAAUACGGAGCUUCGACCGAGGAUAUUGCCCGGACGUGCCAUGCUCACCCAACAUUGUCGGAGGCGUUCAAGGAGGCGGCGAUGGCUACGUACUCGAAGGCUAUCCAUUUCUAA